CGGUGUCUAGCGCAGGCGGCGGUACAUGGCCCCGACGGGAGGCGCGCUGUCCGCACCCGGAGCCUGGCUCCCUGCCUGAGCGCGGGGCUGCCUGGGCCCCGCGCGUCCUCGCCCCUUCGGCCGCGAUCCCGCGAAUAUGACCGCGUAGACUCCUCCUGGGCUGGGAUUAGCUUGAAAGUCUUCUUCAUGGAAGCGAUGUCCCCCCAGCAGGAGACUCUAGGGGGGCAGCCGGGGCGCUCCUCUUCCCUGACAGGAAUGUCUCGGAUCGCGGGAGGCCCCGGCACCAAGAAGAAAAUGAAAACACUAGCAGAAAGGAGGAGGAGUGCUCCAUCUCUUAUCCUGGAUAAAACCCUACAAAAGCGGCCUAGUACCAAGGAAAGUCCUUCUGCUAGCAUGGACACAGGUGCAUUUCUGUCAUCAUCUGUGUGCUCCAAUAGGACUCUGCUAAUUGAGGGCAGAGUAGAACUCAAAAGAGGCCUGCAAAAGCAGGAGCGGCAUCUUUUCCUGUUCAGUGAUCUGUUUGUUGUGGCCAAAAGCAAAUAUAACAACAACUUUAAGAUAAAGAAUAAAAUAAAAUUAAGUGACAUGUGGACAGCAAGCUGUGUGGACGAAGUGGGAGAAGGCAACACCGAUGCCAUGAGAUCAUUCGUUGUGGGCUGGCCCACAGUGAACUUUGUGGCUACUUUCAGUUCCCCAGAACAGAAGGACAAAUGGCUCUCACUCCUUCAGAGAUACAUCAUUCUAGAGAAAGAGAAGGACUAUCCGAAGAGCAUUCCCCUCAAAAUCUUCGCCAAGGACAUUGGGAAUUGUGCCUAUUCUAAAACUAUAACAAUAACGAAUUCAGAUACAGCGAAUGAAGUUAUCAAUAUGUCUCUACCAUUGUUGGGGAUAACUGGCUCUGAGAGAGAUUACCAGUUAUGGGUCAAUUCUGGCAAAGAAGAGGCACCGUAUCCACUUAUUGGGCACGAAUAUCCCUAUGGAAUUAAAAUGAGCCACCUUCGAGAUACUGCGCUCCUGACACAGGAACCAGAGGACUCCACCAGCCCUUCCAACCUCCAGGAGCCCUUCCUCAUGGAGCAGCUUCCCCGGGAGAUGCAGUGCCAGUUCACUCUGAAGCCCAGCCGCCUGGCUGUGGCCCCGCAGCUGAGUGAUUCGGGUCAGAAGACAUUUAAAAGGAGAAGAUCUAUCAUCAGUUGGGCCUUUUGGCGGGGUUCUGGCACUCACCUGGAUACCUUGCCCAUGUCGCCAACCUCUCCUGUGCCAGGACAGCUCUUUGGAGUGUCUCUGCCAAUUAUCUGUGAGAAUGACAAUCUGCCCAAACCUGUCUUGGAUAUGCUUCUUUUUCUUAAUCAAAAAGGACCCCUCACUAAAGGCAUCUUCAGACAGUCAGCCAAUGUGAAAUCUUGCAGAGAGCUGAAAGAGAAACUGAAUGCUGGGCUUGAAGUGCACCUAGACUGUGAAUCUAUUUUUGUGAUAGCAUCUGUUCUAAAGGAUUUUCUACGAAAUAUUCCCAGAAGUAUUUUCUCCUCGGAUCUCUAUGAUCACUGGGUCUGUGUAAUGGAUCAAGGAAAUGAUGAAGAGAGAAUAAAUGCAAUUCAAAGACUGUUAGACCAGCUUCCGAGAGCCAAUGUUGUUCUCCUCAGGUACCUUUUUGGGGUACUACACAACAUUGAGCAACACUCCUCAUCCAAUCAGAUGACUGCAUUUAAUUUAGCUGUGUGUAUUGCUCCAAGCAUUCUUUGGCCUUCUACUUCCUCAAGCCCAGAACUAGAAAAUGAAUUCACAAAAAAGGUUACUCUGCUUAUUCAAUUUCUGAUUGAAAAUUGCUGUAGAAUAUUUGGAGAAGAAAUCACUUCCCUCUUUGGAGAGGUUUCAGUGAGGUGUGAUGCUAGAGAGAAUACCUCAGAUAUCUCUUGCUUACAAAUGACUGACUCCUCCUACGACAGCUUGGAAAACGAGCUGAAUGAGGAUGUGGAUGCCCCAUGCAGUGACUUGGUGAAGAACCUUGGCCAGGGGAGCAGAAGCAUGGACUCGGUCCUAACCCUUAGUGACUAUGACCUCGACCAGCCUGAGGUGGAAGGUCUUUUAACCCUGAGUGACUUCGACUUAGACUGUUCUAAACAUGAAGACAUUCAAAUAGAACGGCCUCUCGAAUCCAAGCCGGUGACCGUUACAGUACUGUACAGAGAGGCCACACUGCAGGACCAUGCCAGGGCCCCGUCUGGCAUGACCACACCCAGCUACCUGUCCACAGUUGCAGCGGACGCUCCAAAAAGCCCUCGGCGACACCGGCGCUGCUCGGAGCCCAGCAUUGACUGUCUGGAUUCCAAGCUUUCCUCUCUCAAGGAGUUCUACCAGAAAAAGCUGCGCAAGUCCAGCUGUGAUGCAACACUCUCACAGAAAGAUGAGGACCAUCUAAAGCAGAAUCAACACCUACAGGAAGAGGGCAAGACUUACUUUAAGCAGAGUUUAGUCACGGACCCUGAGACCAAGAAAAAUGCCACUAACAAAAAAGCUAAGAAGAAAAGCAUGUUUGGUAAUGAAGGAAAUCAUGUGAAGCUUCUCCCUAAAUCCAAGCCAAUGGCCAUCUCUGUGGCAUCUUGCAGUCACCUGUCCUCACUAGAUCAUCCCAGAAGCCGGCCCUCUGAUGCAGGUGCAGCAGGACAUGCCCCACCACACACCACCGAGGCCCUCGAGAGUGCCAGGAGGCACCGGCGCUGCUCGGAGCCCAGCAUGGAUGACCAGCACUCCAAACGGAGCUAUCUCAGGGGGAUUUUCUCAAAGAAACACAGCAAAACCAGCUACGAAGCUGGCCACUUGCAUGAGGAGGAGGAUUAUCUCAAGCAGCAUAAGUCUUUGCAAAUGGAGGGACAAAAGCUUAUUAAUCAGAGCUUGGUCCUGGGGAUCGAGGUGGGCAAGAGUAGUGCCACAAACCAGAGCACUGAGAAGUUUUCACCUUCGAGAUUGAACAUUGGCCCCAGGACUAGCUUCUCCAGUUUGUCCUCCCCAGGCACUUCCCCAUCUGGCUCCUCAGUCAGCUCCCAAGACAGUGCUUUUUCUCAGAUUUCAGAACAUUCCGUGUUUACACCCACUGAAACUUCCUCUCCGAUAGAUUGCACUUUUCAGGCUCAAAGAAAGCAGGAAGAACUUUCUGACUUCUACAGCUCCAGUCCCAUUUCUGGAAUGCCUGGUCCUGCCUCUGGGCAGGCCAGCAGCUACCUGGCUGAUACAAAAAAGGACACCAUAGAGCGGCAUUCCCAAAUACAUUCAGUAACUCUUCAUCCCAGCACAUGGUUAAGAAAUGGUAUGGCCAGUUUAAAAAACUGGACCCUCAAAAACAAAACAAGGGCAACCAGAUCAGAGGAAAGGAAAAUAGCUUCUCUGCAAGGACCCAUGGAGCCACCUCCACAUGUUUUUGGGGUUCCAGAGGCCAACUCACUACAAGAAAAACAGAAAGACAAGGCCCUGAGGGCAACUGAAGGACUUGAAGCUGUGCAGACAGCCCAGCGGUGUAGCUCAUACCCCAGCCAAAUCUCAGAGAAACAUGGUAGCUCUCCGUUCAGCCUAGUGGACGACACGAUCGAGCUUUGUAUGAAGUCACACAAGGAAGAAAAGAGUGGUGGGCAGUGCCCUCCUGGCAUCCUGCCUUGUGCGAGACCCGCACCAAGCUCUUUGAUUAUGGAUGAUGUGUCCAGCCCAGACUCAGAGCCUACAGGAGUUUGUGAUGUUGGGGACAAACAUUCAACCAAAGACAUUUUGCCACAAUAAGAAUCUGAUAUCUAUAAGAACAGAAACUGGGCUAAUAAUGAUAUCUGCACAAUAAUUAUUAUAACCCCUCUGUAUAAAGUACCUGGGAUAGGUAGAAUAAAGAUAAUUAUUGCUAAUACUUAGGGCAACAAAAUAAUUCUCUUUAUUAAGACCA